CCCAUCUUAACUAGACGUCAGUGGUCUGCGGCUGAAGCGUUUACUGAGUUUGCUGUUAGCUUUUGUUCGGUGGACAAUAAACUAACUACCGAGUAGCUCUCAGUGUAUUAAUGCACGGAGACUGAAAAAUACACACAGAUAUAUGUGACACAUAAGGCGUUGUUCAGCUCGAUUACAGGAAGAACUCCCGUGGAACUCCGACUUGACACCAGCAGCUUCGCCCUCUUCCCAUCCACCCACUGCUCUUUCCUGGUCGCCUCCUCCCCUUCUCAACAUGGCGGCAAUGUUCCUAAUCUGGCUGUGCCACUGACCUCCACCCUGGACUACCGCCAUGGAGAGAAAACGCAGAAAGAAAUUAAUCUAGCUGCUCAGGCCGUUUGCAGUAUGGACUCGUUUUUGGAGCUCUGGACCUGAAAUGCUCUGUCCCAAACCCGGACCCCGAACCAGGUUUUAGCUGCUUUUCUUCAUCUGGAACAGCACACCUGCUGCUAAAUAUCCAAAGGUGGUGUUCAAACUGAUGGUUGGUGCUAUUUCACAACUCAAAAUGCUCCUGCUUCCUGUGUGGGCGUCCAUGCUUUUUUUGGGCUUCCUGUCUGUGGUGGGCAUGGAGCCAACGGAAGGAGCCAAAUCAGACUCCGACUACCCCUCCAACACGGAGCCCCCGCCUUCAUCAUCUGGCUCCAACUGCUCCGAGAUGACCCUCAAACUGGAGUUCUCCUCUAAGACGGUGGAACAUGAGUACAUCAUAGGGUUCACAGGGUAUUUCUCGGCCAAAGCUCGCCGCCUGUACAUCAGCAGCGCCCUGAGGAACGCCGGGGACCGAGCGCUGGAGUGGCACAUCGUCCCCAGAGAGAACCCGGCCGCCGACUUCCCCAGCGACUUCGAGCUGGUCCACAUCCGUCUAGCAUCGCCCAGCAGCCUGCUGACCUUAGAGGACCACCCUUACAUCAAGAGGGUGACGCCGCAGCGCAAAGUGUUCCGCAUGCUGAAGUACAUUCCCUCACCUGAGCCUGCUGCACCCUGCAACGCCAGCCGCGGGACGCAGUCAUGGCAGUCAUCCCGCACCUUCCGACGAACCAGCCUGUCACUAAGCUCGGGCUUCUGGCACGCCACGGGGCGCCACUCCAGCCGGCGACUCCUGCGGGCCAUCCCCCGCCAUGUCGCCCAGAUCCUGCAGGCAGAUGUACUCUGGCAGAUGGGACACACAGGUUCUGGUGUAAAGGUGGCAGUGUUUGAUACAGGCCUGAGCGAGAAGCACCCACACUUUAAGAACGUGAAGGAAAGGACCAACUGGACUAAUGAAAAGACACUAGAUGAUGGUCUGGGCCACGGUACCUUUGUCGCCGGAGUGAUCGCCAGUAUGAGGGAGUGUCAGGGCUUUGCCCCCGACUCAGAGCUGCACAUCUUCAGAGUGUUCACCAACAACCAGGUAUCGUACACCUCGUGGUUCCUAGAUGCUUUCAACUAUGCCAUCCUGAAGAAGAUUGAUGUUCUUAAUCUCAGCAUUGGGGGUCCAGACUUCAUGGACCACCCCUUUGUUGAUAAGGUGUGGGAGCUCACUGCCAACAGGGUGAUCAUGGUCUCUGCUAUCGGCAACGAUGGACCUCUGUAUGGCACCCUGAACAACCCAGCAGACCAGAUGGACGUGAUCGGGGUGGGGGGGAUUGACUUUGAAGACAACAUCGCUCGCUUUUCCUCCAGAGGCAUGACCACCUGGGAGCUGCCCGGGGGCUACGGCAGGGUGAAGCCCGACAUCGUCACCUACGGUUCAGGGGUCCGGGGGUCAGGGAUGAAGGAGGGCUGUCGCUCUCUGUCCGGCACCAGCGUGGCCUCUCCUGUGGUGGCCGGUGCUGUGACACUGCUGGCCAGCACCGUCCAGAACAGGGAGCUGGUAAACCCCGCCUCCAUGAAGCAGGCUCUGAUCGCGUCGGCCCGCAGGCUGCCGGGGGUCAACAUGUUCGAGCAGGGCCACGGGAAGCUAGACCUGAUCAGAGCCUACCAGAUCCUCAACAGCUACAAACCUCAGGCCAGUCUGUCCCCCAGCUACAUCGACCUGACGGAGUGUCCCUACAUGUGGCCUUACUGCUCUCAGCCCAUCUACUACGGAGGAAUGCCCACCAUCGUCAACGUCACCAUUCUGAACGGCAUGGGAGUCACCGGCCGCAUUUUAGACAAGCCCAUCUGGCAGCCAUACCUCCCUCAGAAUGGAGACCACAUCGACGUGGCCGUCUCCUACUCCCCCGUGCUGUGGCCGUGGGCCGGAUACCUGGCCGUGUCCAUCUCCGUAGCCAAGAAAGCGGCAUCAUGGGAAGGGAUCGCUCAGGGUCAUGUGAUGGUCACGGUGGCGUCGCCUGCAGAGAACGAUUCAGAGGCAGGUGGAGAGAUGACCUCCACAGUCAAACUGCCAAUCAAGGUGAAGAUCGUCCCGACCCCCCCUCGCAGUAAGAGAGUGCUGUGGGAUCAGUACCACAACCUGCGCUACCCCCCCGGAUACUUCCCCCGAGACAACCUCCGCAUGAAGAACGACCCGCUGGACUGGAAUGGAGACCACAUCCACACUAACUUCCGGGACAUGUACCAGCACCUGAGGAGUAUGGGAUACUUUGUGGAGGUGCUCGGAGCGCCCAUCACCUGCUUCGAUGCCAGCCAGUACGGCACUCUGAUGAUGGUGGACAGCGAGGAGGAGUAUUUCCCCGAAGAGAUCACCAAGCUGAGGAGAGACAUCGACAACGGCCUGUCCCUCAUCGUCUUCAGCGACUGGUACAACACCUCGGUCAUGAGGAAGGUCAAGUUCUAUGACGAAAACACCAGGCAGUGGUGGAUGCCGGACACAGGGGGCGCUAACGUUCCAGCUCUGAACGACCUGAUCUCAGUGUGGGGGAUGGCUUUCAGUGAUGGGCUGUACGAGGGGGACUUCACCUUGGCUGAUCAUGACAUGUACUACGCCUCAGGCUGCAGCAUCGCCCGUUUCCCAGAGGACGGAAUAGUGAUUGCCAAGAAUCUGAAAGACCAAGGUCUGGAAGUGUUGAAGCAGGAGACUGCGGUGGUGGAGGGGGUUCCCAUCCUCGGACUGUACCAAACGCCGUCAGACGGGGGAGGUCGCAUUGCACUGUACGGUGAUUCUAACUGUUUAGACGACAGCCACAGACAGAAAGACUGUUUCUGGCUGCUGGACGCUCUCCUGCAGUACACUUCCUACAGUAUGACCCCUCCCAGUCUCAGUCACUCCCACAGCAGGGUGCCCCCCCCCACAGGCACCGAUCGCCCACUGCCACAGAGACUGGAAGGCAACCACCUUUACCGCUACUCCAAAGUUCUCGAGGCUCACCUGGGAGACCCUAAGCCCCGCCCACUACCAGCCUGCCCCCACCUGUCUUGGGCGAAGCCACAGCCACUCAAUGAGACGGCACCCAGUAACCUUUGGAAGCACCAGAAGCUCCUCUCAGUGGAUCUGGACAAAGUGGCUCUACCCAACGUGAGGGCGUACCGGCCCCAGGUCAGACCUCUGUCCCCUGGGGAGAGCGGGGCCUGGGACAUCCCCGGAGGGAUAAUGCCCGGUCGCUACAACCAGGAAGUGGGCCAGACCAUCCCCGUUUUCGCCUUCCUGGGAGCCAUGGUCGUCCUGUCCUUCUUCGUGGUCCAGCUCACUAAGGCCAAGAGCAAACCCAAGCGAAGGAAACCCCGCAUCAAGCGGCCCACGUACCUCCAGCAGCAGACGACAACUACAAUCAGCGGGAAAAACCCCACAGUGUGACCCGGACUGCAACCCUGUGGAGCUGCGUUCACAAUCAAACAACUUUUGUUGAGUAGCAACCUGCGAGAAGUUCUAAUGAACUCUGAAAUUGAGCCGUUAAACGUUCUCCAGGCGCCUCUCGGAUGGAACAGUUUUGGUGCCUCUCGUCUGUUCAAGGCGCUCCGUGGGUGUUUGUGUGUGUUUGUGGACUAAUGAACAGUAUUAGACGUGUCACACAUGAUGAUGUUAAACACACCUGGCCCCGAAAAUGCCUGUUUGAGACAGACAUGUUGUCUACAUUUCCCUCUGUGUUCUUCGACCAAACUGUUUCAUUAUGAAUGACUUUUAUAUUUAUUGAAUUUGUUCGUACCCUAACACAUAUCCAGAAGUUUAAGAGAUUUCACACACACUACACACACUGUAUGCACUUUAAGAAUAAAGCAGUUUGCAUACACGCCGACAGGAACAUCCCCCUACACACACAUACAGUAUGUGCAAUCAUGCAGACAUUUCCAAAAUGAGGGCCACAGUCUGAUCAAGUUGUCAUCUCCUGUGUCUCCAGCAGUCAUAUCUGUUUAAAUCCCUGUCUUUUCAUUGUUUUUAUACUUUAUAUAAUGAACUGGCCAGGUGUUCUGUUGAUAUCAUCCUCCAUGAUCUCGUGGUCAACAAAGUAGCAUCGACAGACUUGUUCAAAUAUAUCUCAUCAAUUAAAAAGCAUAAUCAAA